AUGAAUGAGAAUGAGUCACCGUAUCCGCCUGCCUUGUGCCAGCUACUGAUAGACACUCCCGCCGCAGAAUGGCAAGCAGAUGAAGAUGCUAUCUCUUGUCCUCAUUGUGAAUCUUCUUUUAAUUGGUUCCGACGAAAGCACCAUUGUAGAUGGUGUGGAAAGAUAUACUGUGCCAAUUGUUCAAAUUAUACCGCUGAACUUCCAUCAAUAAGUAUAUCUGCCGAUCCGACAGAUUCGUUAGAUCCAUUAGCUCUUUUUGACGAGGAUUCUCAUGGCGUUGAAGAUGAUGUUACGAAUGAUUAUGAAACUGAGCCUACGUGGUGCGUUGUCCGCGUAUGUGAAGACUGCCAUCAUCAAUUAUCUGAGCUGAGAACUCUUGAUAUUCCUUUUCCGAUACCCACCUGUAUGGAUGGUGAAUCCACUCCUCCCGUUUUAGCUUAUACCCGUUUCCCACUGCCUCGUGCUGAAAGCAAUCCUUCAGCAAAUGAUGCGAAUAAUCUUGAUGACAUGAUAGAAUGUCCAGUUUGCUAUGUAUCUCUUUCAAAGUUUAAGUCACAAGGGGAAAGAGAAGAGCAUAUUGCUUCUUGUUUCAAUCAUAACGGGUCUUCUCCCCCAAAUAUAAAGGAGUUCCUGAAACACGCUCGACGGUAUAUCAGCGUUCAAAUAACGGAGAAUUCACCUUGUGUUGGUGAAGAAUGUAUAGUAUGUUUUGAAGAAUUCUCCCCGGGAGACAAAGUUGCGCGAAUUGAAUAUUGCUUAUGUAUGUUCCACUUAAAAUGUUAUCGCGACUGGCUAAGUACAGGUGCUGCCGGAUGCCCUGUUCAUGCCGCUACCUUUCAUUAG